UCGGGUAUUUUCGCGUACAGUCCAUAUCUGUCAUAUACAGUUUAAGAUGGUUAAGAUGGUUGUCAAAUGUUGAUAUAAGUGUGUACAAAAAGAAAAUAAGAAAAGAGACUUGUCUCUCUUGACAAAGUGAUUAAAAAGCACAAGAAACAAAUGCCUCUUCUUGGGUGUAAAUAAUGUUCGCGAAAUAAGGAAAGUAACAAUUCAGUUACGGGUUCGUCAGCGAGUCACGGAAUGGCAGACGAGGAUGCCGAGCAGGAGAUUCGACGUGCAUUAGACGUCGUUCAAUCCAUGAUUGACAUCUCGGCUGAACGACUCGAGGGACUUAGAACACAAUGUUCAACAAGCGCCGAAUUAACACAACAAGAAAUUCGUACUCUUGAGGGUAAGCUGAUAAAAUUAUAUUCAAAGCAACUUGUCACAAAGGCAAAAUUGACUGAAGAAUCUUUACCAGCUGAAAUGCGACAAUAUCCAUCUUUGUCGCAGUGGUUACGAGUUGUGGGUCUCAGACCAGAAUCUAUACAGAUGGUUUGCUCAAAAACAAAUUCUUUAGAAGCACUGAAAGAAAAAUCGGAGCACGAAUUAGGCAGCAUGUUGGGAGAAAUAAAUGUGAGACAAGAGGAAGAGCUUCGCAGACUUUGUCGGGCUCUUCAUAAUUUGCGUCGUUACAUGGAUGUUCUCUUGAAAGGCGACAUGGAAAAUAGUGAAAUGAAUUUGUACUGGGAUUCUUGGGACAGGCAUCAUUUGAGAAGUGGACCCUCACCUCGUUCUUUGCGACCACGUGAUCCUCGAAUUUUUGCACCUUCCGAAGAUAGCAUUCCGUAUAAUAUUAAUAAUAAUAAUAAUAAUAACAAUAAUCUUAACAGUGAUGUCUUGAUUCCGGCAUCGUCCAUUAAUUCUCUAUCGUCAAAUGCUAGUCCUCCUUCAACACCUCCUCUCGUCAAACAAGCUGGAGGGAAAUUUCCAACAACACCUCCACCAUCGAAAAAGCAUCAAACGGGACUUCAAAGUUCUUCUCAGCCGGAAGUAUUUCCAUUGACAAAGUCAAAAUCACACGAAUCACAAUUGACGAAUCGUAUGGAAAAUGGCGAUGCGUCUUCUGGGUGUCCAAAUGAACAAAGUAAUUUUGCUGGCAAAAGAACGCGUCUACCAACGGAACCGGGUUCUUGUAGUGGGACGGACAUCAUGAACGAGAGUUUCGUGCCCAACACAAGCAGUCCAAUUAAAUCACCACCGUAUUCAAGCGCUGACAGCGAUGAUAACAGUUUUAAGGGAACAGGGACAAGUCUUCAAGUGCCAAAGUCACCACGAACACCGACUGUUAGUCGUGGGAUGGGUCACAUGAUAACGCAUCGUUUCACAAAAACUUUGCAAUUGAUGACAACCUGUGAUUAUUGCGAUAAGCAAAUGUUCAUGGGACUCAAAUGUAAAGAAUGCAAAUACAAAUGUCAUAAGGAUUGCGCAUCAAAAGUUCCGCCGUCUUGUGGUCUACCUCAGGAAUUAAUUGACGAGUUCAAAAAAACUCUUCAAGCCGAUAGUAUGGUAAAUGUGUCUCCUGUUUUAAACAAGUCGGGAAUCACAUCGCCGAAUCAUCACAAUUCUAAUCAGAACCAUAAACGCCCUCAUCCGCAUUCUUCUUUGAAUACGCCCUUUCAGGGUGCAGAUUCUAGUUCAAAUACCUCGAGCUGCAAUAGCUCAACACCUUCUAGUCCAGCUUUGUUACCUGUAAAUGUUAACCAAACUCCUCAGGCACCUGUCAAGCAACAAUUUCAUUUUCCAGAUGUAACGCCUUAUGAAAAAAGUUUAACUCUGGAAACACAUAGACUUGAGGGAACGACCGUUUCAAGUGACAGUGAACGAACUAUAAGCGUUUCCGGUUCCGGAAGUGUUAGUACGGAUUCUGAUCGAACGCCAGUCAGAGUCGAUUCUCAGGAUUCUCAAGUUUCAGAUGGAGAACCUGGCGAUGGACGAUGGCCCCGACAAAAUAGCUUGUCGAUGCGGGAAUGGGAUAUACCUUAUGACGAAUUAAAAAUUGGGGAACCUAUUGGAACAGGAAGAUUCGGUACCGUUUAUAGAGGAAAUUGGCACGGGGAUGUGGCAAUCAAAGUGCUCAAUAUGGAUUAUUACCUCGAUGAUGACAAGACUCUUGAGGCUUUUAAAUUGGAGGUGGCGACUUUUCGUAAAACAAGACACGAGAAUCUAGUAUUAUUUAUGGGAGCUUGUAUGAAGCCACCUCGACUGGCGAUAGUCACAAGUAUGAGUAAGGGCAUGACUCUUUACACACACAUUCAUUUACGUAAGGACAAAUUCAAUAUGAAUAAGACAACAAUAAUUGCACAACAAAUAUCCCAAGGCAUUGGAUAUCUUCAUGCACGAGGAAUUGUUCACAAAGAUCUCAAAAGCAAAAAUAUCUUUCUUGAAAAUGGCAAAGUCGUCAUUGCUGACUUUGGACUUUUUAGCGUCACGAAACUGUGCUACGGCAACAGAACUGGCAACGGUUUAAGCAUUCCACCUGGAUGGCUGUGUUAUUUAGCUCCUGAAAUUGUUAGGCGCUUGAAACCUCAACAAAAUCGAGAUCAAGAGGAAUUACCAUUUACUGAAGCGUCCGAUGUUUACGCUUUCGGAACCGUUUGGUAUGAACUUCUUUGCGGCGAAUGGCCAUUCAAAGGUCAACCACCUGAAGCUAUCAUUUGGCAAGUGGGCAAAGGAAUGAAACAGACUCUUGCCAAUUUACAAGCUUCGCGCGAUGUUAAGGAUAUCUUGAUGCUUUGUUGGUCUUUUCACACUGAAAAUCGACCGGACUUUGCAAAAUUAUUGACAACAUUGGAAAAACUUCCGCGAAAAAGACUUGCUCGAAGUCCUUCACAUCCAAUUCAUCUCUCUCGUUCCGCUGAAUCUGUGUUCUAAUUUUUCAAAAAAAAAUUUCAAAUCACAGUUUUAAGCAAAAACAGAAAAACAAAAAAAAAAAAGAGAAAAAAAAGAAAAGCGAUCUGAAAAAGAAAACUUAAAGAGAAUCAAGUUUUAUGCAGCUAAGUCUCUUAUUUAAAAAUACGACGUCGUUUUCGUAGUGUAUAUAUGUAGCAGUCUCAAAUCGAUGCCACGAUCUUUAUUCAUAAAUAAAAAAAAUACAUAAAAUUUA